GCAUUUUGAGCAUAUGUUGUGACUUUAGUUGUGUUUUUUGUUGACUCUAACCUCAAAAUCAACAACAGGUGUCAAACUUGUCUGUACAGUUUUGGCCACAUAAAUCUUAUACAGUUGGUUGCAAUAAAAACGGAAAAUUGAUUUUUCUUUAGAAUGCAACAGGUCUUGUCCUUGUCAAUUUAGUUGUCAAUUUGUCAUCUGUCGCAUUCAAAUAUUUUUUUCUCCAAUGCCGCAAUUAAAUGCCGAAAGCACCAAAUGCAAAUCAAGUUAAGCAAUAAGUUGAGUCCUUACGUGAAAACCCAAUGAGUAAUGUGAAACCGUUGAAGGGUAUUUUUUAAGUCGCCGAAAAAGAUGUCUGGUGGUACAACACAUUCUUGCUACGUUUUUGGAUGCACUGAAAGAAAACUCAAAAUGUACCAAUUUCCGAAUCCUAGAAAGGAAAAAGACAGGUUUUACGCAUGGGUGGAAGCAACCGCAAAUCCAAAGUUAAAUAAUUUGCCUAUUGAAGUAAUUUUUCGGCGAGGAUUUGUGUGCAAACGGCAUUUUGAAGUAAGCGACUUUAUACCACAAACAAAUGAGAAGCUGUAUAAAAGUAGCAUCCCUUCGAAAAAUUUACCUAAAGGACGUACCAAUAGUGACAAAGACACCAGUUUACCAACGUUUCAAAGUGGAUUACCAUCAGCAACGGAACAAACCGUUUUAACACCAUCCAGAGAGCCUAUAAGAAACCCAGCGGAAGAAAUUACACCUUUAGAAAAUUUCAGGAACCAAAUAGAUCUAUCACAAACAACAACCGGUAACGUAGACCGCCAUAACAUUGAUUUUAAGGACUUGAUUCAAAAUGUUAAUCCAAUUAAAAUCACAUUAAAAAAAGCUUUGGAAGUUUCAACGGAAUCAAGGGUAGAAUCUGAUGUCUUUAACGAAAAUUUUGUACAAACAAAUCAAUGUGAAGCUUUUGACUAUGAAAGUGAAUACUUACCUCCACGCAUUUUUCCAUCAUAUGUGUCUAUAUAUGAAGAUAUAAACGAAGGAAUAAAUGAAAUUAAGUGUUCCAAACAAAAUCAAGUUGUUCAAGUAACAAAACCUUAUUUUAAAGCCCUGAAAAGUUUUUCAUUAGAUAGUAAUGCAGUUCAUGAGGUAUGUCGGAUUUGUUUCCGUUUAUUGAGAGAAGAAGAAAUUGUAAAACUUUACGAUGAGAGAGAAGAUAUAAAAGAAUUGAAAUAUAUGUUACAAUUCAUUUUACCCGAAUUGGAUCUUGAAAUAUACACAAAUGUUGUUGUUUGUACAAAAUGCAGAGAACUUUUGACUUAUAGUUGCCAAUUACGCCAAUCUUGGAUUUGUACCGAAGAGAAAUUGCAAAAACUAGUGGAAGAAAAAAAGAGUAUGAUAAAUAGUGCCUCUGAUUUAGUUAUUGUAACUGACUCAUCAGUUGGUGAUGUGAUGACAGAACACGAUCGAGACGUAACCACAAAUCAUUUUGAUCACGAUUAUGAAAAAAUUGUUGAGAAAGCACCAGAGAAACAUGAAGUGCAAGUUGUCACGCGUAGAGUUCUUCAAAAUCUUCCGGAAGCAACCGAUAGCAUAAUUUCAAGUCACGGUGUGCUUAGAAAGAAGAAAGUAAAUUUUUUCUACAAAGGGGUUAAUUUGACAACAACUCAUGCGGUAAUUGGAUUACCAAGAAGAAGAAAAGGAGGUGCGGCUACUUGGGCUGAAGGACCAUACAUUUGCGAAAUGUGUGCUUUUAGCACCAAGAGUUUGGGAUCUUUUCAACGGCAUUUACGAAAACGUGCAAACGAAGAUUGUUCAAUGAAGAAAAAGCCAAAGAUUAAAGCCUUCAAAUGCGACAAUUGUGAUCAGUUGUUUACAAGCCAACAACGUCUAAAACAACAUUUCUCGAAGCAUCAGAUUUACAGAUGUGGGAUUUGUGAUAAAGACUUUAAACUGAAUAGUGUAUUACAGAAACAUAUUAAACACGUACACUUGAAAGACUACAACUACUAUCAGUGCCACAUGUGUGGAAAACAGUUUUGUUAUAGAAAUUCUCUAAAGGCUCAUUUGAUAACCCAUAAUGCAAAAACGAUUAAGUGUGAUCUGUGUCCCAAAAAGUUUGCCACAAGGGUUGUGUUAAAGAAGCAUCUUCGAAAUGUUCAUAGUGAUGCUCCUCCGUUAACUUGCCAUUAUUGUGGAAAGUCUAUAAAGUUUAAAAAUUCAUUGGAAAAACAUAUUCAGGUGUAUCAUCUCCGUCAAGGUGAUAUUUGUGACAUCUGUGAGAAACCACUUUCAAACAACAAAGUCUUAAUGAAACAUAAAUUAAUAGUUCAUGGUGUUGAUGGAAUAUCGUGAAAGUUGUGCCUUUAUAUUUUAUAUAAAUAAUAAUUGUUUACAAUG